CCAUGCACAGAAAACUGGUCAUGUAGAACCACCCAGACCAGAUGUGGAUUGUGUUCUAAGUCAGGAAGACCAGAUCUUAAAAUCACUUGUGUUAGAUGUGGGAAAAGCUCCUGGUCAGGAGACCCAGCUCAUCCAUUUAGCCAAGAUCAUGCAGCUACCUGGGGCAGUUAUGGGAAAGGUUUCUGAAAAGGAAUCUGAACUCAUAAUGUCUCCCAGAGCAGAUGCAGACAAUGCUUUCGGUCAGGAAGCGAAGGUCCUGGAGUCAGCCAGGUUGGAUGUGGGAAAUGUUCUUUGUGAGGAAGUUGGGCUCCUAAAAUCAGCUGAGCUAGAGAGAGAUAAUCACCCAGGCCAGGAGGUCGGGCUUCUUCAGUCACCUGGUCUAGAUGUGGAUGUUUAUCCUAGUUAUGAAGCCAGGCUCCUAGGGUCAUACCAGCCAGGUGUAGGCAAUGGAACAGAGUUACACUGGCUAAUUAUGAGAAAUGCUUCUGAUCAGGCAGCUGGAUUCAUGACAUCACCUGAGGCAGAUGCUCCUAGCCAGGAACCCGUGCUUAUAGGGUCACCUGGGCCAGAAGGGGAUGAUAUCCCUGGCCAGAAAACCAGGCUUAUGGAGUCAUGGGAGAUAGACAUCAAAGAUGCCUCUGGUAAGGAGGCUCAGGUUUUGCACUCACCUGGCCCAGAUGUGGGAGAGACUCCUAGACAGGAAUAUGUACUCAUGAGCUCACCUGGGCUGGAUGUGGUUGAUGCUACUGGUCAGGAAGCUAGAGUCACAGAGUUGUGUUGGGGUAAUGCCGGAAAUGCUUCUGAUCAGGGAUCUGGACUCAUAGAAUCACCUGAGCUAUAUAUAGAUGACACUCCUGGUCAGGAAAAUGGGUUUAUUCAACUGGGUGAAACAGACAUGGAAGAUACUUCUGGUCAGGAAGGUGAGACUCUGUAUUCACCUGGCUUAGAAAAGGGUGAUAUUCCUGGCCAGCGAGCUGGGUAUAUCGAGUCAACUGGGUCAGAUGUGAGUGAUAUAGCCAUUCAGGAAGCUGGACUCACAAAUUCAUCAGAUCUAGGAAAUUCUCCUGGUCAGGAAGACAAGUUAAUGGGGUUACCUGAGACAGAUGUAGGUACAACUGCUAUUCAAGAAUCUGAGCUCAUAGAUAUAGAAUCUGGGCUGGUUAUAGGGGACUCUCCUGGCCAGGAAAUCAAGCUCUCUGAGUCACCCAGGCCUGAUGUAGGUGGUACCUUUUUGUACUCAACUGGCCCAGAUGUGAGGGAUGCUCUUAGUCAGGAAGCUAGCCUCAUUGAGCCGCCUAGGAUGGAUGUGGGCGAUGCUACUGUUCAGGGACCUGGGAUCACAGAGCUCUCCAUGGUUGAUGUGGGAAAUGUUUGGGAUCAAGAAACUAGGCUCAUAAGAUCACCUAAGAUUGAUGCUCCUAGUGGGGAAACUGGGCUAAUAGAGUCCCCUAAUCCAGAGAUUGGAGAUGCUCCUGGUCAGGAAGCUAAGUUUAGGGAAUUGUGUGAGACAAAUGUGGGAGAUACUGAGAUUGCUGAGAUGAUAUGUUUGCCAGACCCAGAUAUGGGUGAUUCUCCUGAUCAGGAAGCUGGGAUGGUGGAGUUACAUGGGCUAUAUGUGAGUAAGAGUCCUAUUCAGGAAGCCAGAACCUUGGAGUCCCCUGAAACAGAUGUGAGUGAUGGUCCUGGUCAGGAAGUUGUGAUUAGUGAGUCAUGUGAGGCAGGUGUGGGAAAUGCUUCUGCUCAAGAGACUGAAAUUAUACAUUCACCUAGACCAGGUGUGAGUGAUUCUGUUGGUCUGGAAGCUGAGAGCAUGCCUUCACCUGGCCCAUAUGUGGGAGAUUCUCCUGGUCAGGAAGCUGGGCUCAAGGAGUCAUCAGUACUGGAUCUGGGAGGGGCUCCUGGUCAGGAAGGCAGGUUCAUGGAGUUACCUGAGGCAGGUGUGGAUUAUGACUCUAAUCAUCAGAUUGGGCAGACGGGGUCAUUUGAGUCAGAUGUGAGGGAUACUCUUGGCCAGGAAGGUGAGUUUAGGGAGUCUUGUGAGAUAGAUGAGGAAGAUACUUUUGGGCUCAUGGAGUCACCAGUGCUAGGUGUGGGAGAAACUCCUGGUCAGGAAGGCACAUUCUUAGAGUCAUCUGAGGAAGGUGUGGAUAAUGGAUCUAGUCAGGUAACUGAGCAGACAAGGACACCUGGGCCAGACAUGAGGGAUGCUCCUGGUCAGGAAGUUGGGUUUAGGGAAUCUUAUGAGACAGAUAUGAGAGAUGCAUUGGGUAAGGAAGUUGAGUUUGGCCCAGAUGGGGAUGAUGCUACUGGUCAAGGAAUUCUGAUGCUAGAGACACAUGAGCCAGAUGUGGGGAAUGCUUCAAGUUCUGGUCAGAUAGCUGGACUUAUGCAGUCAUGUGGACCAGAAAUGGGUGAUAUCCCUAAUCAGGAAGCUGAGCCCAUGCACUCACCUGGCUUGGAGAGGCAUGAUGCUUUUGGGCAGGAGGCUAAGUUUAGGGAAUUGUAUGAGACAGAUGUGGGAAAUGCCGAGAUUAUGUAUUCACCAGUGCCAGAUAUGAAUGAUUCUCCUGGUCAGGAAGCUAUAGUCAUGGAGUCACCUGAUACAGAUGUGGGUGAUGGUCAGGAAGUUAUGAUUAGGGAGUCAUAUGAGGCAGAUGUGGGAAAUGCAUCUGUUCAAGAUACUGAAAUUAUGCACUCACCUAGGCCAGGUGUGAGUGAUUCUGCAGGUUUGGAAGCGGAGAUCAUGCAUUCACCUGGCCCAAAUGUGGGAGAUUCUCCUGGUCAGGAAGCUUGGGUCACAGAGUUGCACAGGCCAGAUGUGGGAAAUGCUUCUGAUCAGGAAGCUAGAUUCAUGCCAUCAUCUGAGGCAGAUAUGAGUGAUGCUGCUGGUCAGGAAGCUGAGAUUCUGCAUUCACCUGGUCGAGAUGUGGAAGAUUCUCCUGGUCAGAAAGCUGGGCUCAAGGAGUCAUCAGUACUGGAUCUGGGAGGGGCUCCUGGUCAGGGAGUCAGGUUCAUGGAGUUACCUGAGGCAGGUGUGGAUGAUGAGUCUAACCAUCAGGUUUGGCAGACGGGGUCAUUUGAGCCAGAUGUGAGGGAUACUCUUAGCCCGGAAGGUGAAUUUAGGGAGUCUUGUGAGAUAGAUGAGGAAGAUACUUUUGGGCUCAUGGAGUCACCAGUGCUAAAUGUGGGAGAGACUUCUGGUCAGGAAGACACAUUCUUAGAGUCACCUGAGGAAGGUGUAAAUAAUGGGUCUAGUCAGGUAACUGAACAGACAGGGACACCUGGGCCAGACAUGAGGGAUGCUCCUGGUCAGGAAGCUGGAUUUAAGGAAUCUUAUGAGACAGAUAUGAGAGAUGCAUUGGGUAAGGAAAUUGAGAUUCUGUAUUCACUUGGCCCAGAUGGGGAUGAUGCUACUGGUGAAGGAAAUCUGAUGCUAGGGACACAUGAGUCAGAUGUGUGGGAUGCUUCGCGUCCUGGUCAGGUAGAUGAGUUUAUAGAGUCAUGUGGACCAGAAGUGGGUGAUAUCCCUAGUCAGGAAGCUGAGCCCAUGCACUCACCUGGACCAGAUAGGUGUGAUGCUAUUGGUCUGAAAGCUAAGUUUAGAGAGUCAUGGGAGACAGAUGUCAGAGAUUCUCAUGGCCAGGAAGCUCAACUUAGGGAAUUGUGUGAAACAGAUGUGGGAGAUAUUGAGACUGAUGAGAUGAUAUGUUCGCCAGACCCAGAUAUGAGUGAUUCUCCUGAUCAGGAAUCUAGGGUUGUAAAGUUAUAUGGGCUGUAUGUGAGUGACACGCCUAUUCAGGAAACCAGAGUCUUGGAGUCACCUGAAACACAUGUGAGUGAUGGUCUUGAUGAGGAAGUUGUGAUUAGUGAGUCAUAUGAGGCAGAUGUGGGAAAUGCUUCUGCUCAAGAUACUGAAAUUAUGCACUCACCUAGGCCAGGUAUGAGUGAUUCUGCAGGUUUGGAAACUGAGAGCAUGCAUUCACCUGGCCCAAAUGUAGGAGAUUCUCCUGGUCAGGAAGCUUGGGUCACAGAGUUGCACAGGCCAGAUGUGGGAAAUGCUUCUGAUCAGGAAGCUAGAUUCAUGCCAUCAUCUGAGGCAGAUAUGAGUGAUGCUGCUGGUCAGGAAGCUGAGAUUCUGCAUUCACCUGGUCGAGAUGUGGAAGAUUCUCCUGGUCAGAAAGCUGGGCUCAUGGAGUCAGCAGUGCCAGAUCUGGGAAAGACCCCUGGUCAGGAAGGCACAUUCUUAGAGUCACCUGAGGAAGGUGUGGAUAAUGGAUCUAGUCAGGUAACUGAGCAGACAGGGUCACCUGGGCCAGACAUGAGGGAUGCUCCUGGUCAGGAAGCUGGAUUUAAGGAAUCUUGUGAGACAGAUAUGAGAGAUGCACUGGGUAAGGAAGCUGAGUUUCUGUAUUCACUUGGCCCAGAUGGGAAUGAUGCUACUGGUCAAGGAAUUCUGAUGGUAGAGACACAUGAGCCAGAUGUGUGGGAUGCUUCGCGUCCUGGUCAGAUAGCUGGACUUAUGCAGUCAUGUGGACCAGAAAUGGGUGAUAUCCCUAAUCAGGAAGCUGAGACCAUGCACUCACCUGGCUUGGAGAGGCAUGAUGCUUUUGGGCAGGAGGCUAAGUUUAGGGAAUUGUGUGAGACAGUUGAAGGAGAUGCUGAGAUUGCUGAGGUUAUGUAUUCACCAGACCCAGACAUGAAUGAUUCUCCUGAUCAGGAAGCUAGGGUUGUAAAGUUACAUGGACUGUAUGUGAGUGACACCCCUAUUCAGGAAGCCAGGGUCUUGGAGUCACCUGAAACACAUGUGAGUGAUGGUCUUGAUGAGGAAGUUGUGAUUAGGGAGUCAUAUGAGGCAGAUGUGGGAAAUGCUUCUGCUCAAGAUACUGAAAUUGUGCACUCACCUAGACUCGGUGUGAGUGAUUCUGCUGGUCUGGAAGCUGAGAUCAUGCAUUCACCUGGCCCAAAUGUGGGAAAUUCUCCUGAUCAGGAAGCUUGGGUCACAGAGUUGCACAGGCCAGAUGUGGGAAAUGCUUCUGAUCAGGAAGUCAGAUUCAUGCAAUCAUCUGAGGCAGAUGUGAGUGAUGCUGCUGGUCAGGAAGCUGAGAUUCUGCAUUCACCUGGCCCAGAUGUGAAAGAUUCUCCUGGUCAGGAAGCUGGGCUCAAGGAGUCAUCAGUACUGGAUCUGGGAGGGGCUCCUGGUCAGGAAGGCAGGUUCAUGGAGUUACCUGAGGCAGGUGUGGAUUAUGACUCUAAUCAUCAGGUUGGGCAGACGGGGUCAUUUGAGUCAGAUGUGAGGGAUACUCUUGGCCAGGAAGGUGAGUUUAGGGAGUCUUGUGAGAUAGAUGAGGAAGAUACUUUUGGGCUCAUGGAGUCACCAGUGCUAGGUGUGGGAGAAACUCCUGGUCAGGAAGGCACAUUCUUAGAGUCAUCUGAGGAAGGUGUGGAUAAUGGAUCUAGUCAGGUAACUGAGCAGACAGGGACACCUGGGCCAGACAUGAGGGAUGCUCCUGGUCAGGAAGCUGGAUUUAAGGAAUCUUAUGAGACAGAUAUGAGAGAUGCAUUGGGUAAGGAAAUUGAGAUUCUGUAUUCACUUGGCCCAGAUGGGGAUGAUGCUACUGGUGAAGGAAAUCUGAUGCUAGGGACACAUGAGUCAGAUGUGUGGGAUGCUUCGCGUCCUGGUCAGGUAGAUGAGUUUAUAGAGUCAUGUGGACCAGAAGUGGGUGAUAUCCCUAGUCAGGAAGCUGAGCCCAUGCACUCACCUGGCUCAGAGAGGCAUGAUGCUUUUGAGCAGGAGGCUAAGUUUAGGGAAUUGUAUGAGACAGAUGUGGGAAAUGCCGAGAUUAUGUAUUCACCAGUCCCAGUUAUGAAUGAUUCUCCUGGUCAGGAAGCUAUAGUCAUGGAGUCACCUGAUAUGGAUGUGGGUGAUGGUCAGGAAGUUAUGAUUAGGGAGUCAUAUGAGGCAGAUGUGGGAAAUGCAUCUGUUCAAGAUACUGAAAUUAUGCACUCACCUAGGCCAAGUGUGAGUGAUUCUGCAGGUUUGGAAGCGGAGAUCAUGCAUUCACCUGGCCCAAAUGUGGGAGAUUCUCCUGGUCAGGAAGCUGGGCUCAAGGAGUCAUCGCAGCUAGAUCUGGAAGGGGCUCCUGGUCAGGAAGGCAGAUUCUUGGAGUUACCUGAGAAAGGUGUGGGUGACCAGAUAGGGUCACCUGCGCCAGAUGUGAGGGAUGCUCCUCAUCAGGAAACUGAGAUUUCUCAGUCCCCCAGCAGAGAUGUGGGUGAUUAUCCUCAUCAGGGAACUGACAGGCUCAUAGACUCCUCUAGGCCAGUAAUGGAUAUUCUUUCUGAUGAAGUCCAACUCCCAGAGUCACCUGGGCCAAGUGUAGGGGAUGGUCCUGAGCAAAAACCUGGCCACGUAGAGUCCCCCAGGCCAGAUGUACUGCCUGUCAUUCCAGAACGUGGAGGACUGCAGGACCAGAACCCAGAAGAUGUGCGGAGAGCUGAGGACAGGGGACUCCAGAGGCAAGCUCAGGAAGGGUCCUUGCUCCCAGAAGAUUCUUCUGGGAAUACACUUGGCCCUCAGGAUUCAGGACAGGCUCUUUCCAUCCUGGCGGAGGCAGGAGCACAGUCAGUAUCCAAAGUCCUGGAAGGACAAAUAACACCCCUUUCCUCAGAACCAAGGGAAGAAAACGGGUCAAGAGUCACCAAGGAAACCAAAGCCCAGGCAGCUGGAGCCAGCCCAGGGGGAGAGUUUUCUGACCCUGAUUACCUCUUCCAUGUUCUUUUCCUGGGAGAUUCCAAUGUGGGCAAAACAUCAUUUCUGCACUUGUUACACCAUGAUUCCUUCGCUGCAGGCCUGACAGCGACUGUAGGGAUGGAUUAUCGAAUCAAAAACCUGGUGGUGGAUAAUAGACAGUUUGCGCUGCAGCUCUGGGACACAGCGGGGCAAGAGAGGUACCACAGCAUAACCAAGCAGUUUCUCCGGAAGGCUGAUGGUAUUGUGCUCAUGUAUGAUGUCACCUGCCCAGGAAGCUUCACCCAUGUGCGGUACUGGCUGGAUUGCAUCCAGGAAGCAGGACCUGAUGAUGUUGUCAUCCUCCUCCUUGGGAACAAGAUAGACUGCGUUGAGGAGAGGCAGGUGUCCACAGAGGCUGGACAGCUCCUGGCCAAGGAAAUUGGGGUCAUCUUUGGAGAAUGCAGCGCUAUGUUGGGACAUAACAUCUUAGAGCCCAUUGUGACCUUAGCAAGGGCAAUGCAAGAACAGGAAGCCAGACUGAAACACGAUGUGGUAGAGCUGGAGAAGAAGGAGGUGAAGAAGAAGGCCGGCUGCUGCUCCUGAGCAACGUGGGCUUGGCAGGCUUGGAGGGGCCAGUGGUGCAGGACGGUGGCAAGACUCCAUCCCUUCAGCUUCUCCUCUGUCCUAUCUGACUUUGACAAUCCACAAUGGCAAGGAAAACCACGAAAAUGCAUGGAUCUUGAGAGUAUCCAUGAAGCAUUUCUUUUAAAUGCACAGAAAAAAGCAGAAGGAUGUUUGGAAGGAGACACAGAUGAGCAAGGCAAUGUGCAUACUUUUGUGUUAAAUUCAAUACAAAUUUUAAAAGAAUUGUAUGGAACAAACUCACAGUUUCAUAUAUAACCCUCUUU